AUGGGGCGAGCAAAGGGGGCAGGAAGGGACCCCACAGGCCCCAAUGGCGCCCGUUGCCGCUCAGUCUCCCGCCAUCCCUCCGGCCUCUCCUCACAGCGCCGCCAUAGCCCCGCCGUGCCCAAAAUGGAGCCUGGCUCGGGCCUUGGCUGGCCCCGCUUGCCCUUCGUUUACGUCAACAGCUUUGGCACCCACCGCUGUGGCACCGUCAUCCGCUACGGCUGGAACCCCGGCGCCCGCAGGCCGGGGAGCGAGGGCAGCCCAUGGACGGGCGCGUCGAGCCUGAGCGGCGACGAGAGGUGCCUCAGCCCUGUGAUGGAGCUWCCCUCCCCGGCGGGCAUGGCCCAGCGCCGGUCGCGGGCGGCAAGGAGCCAUGGCAGCCCCCAGCCUGUUGACCAGCACCACGGUGACCGUCGAGAGGAUAAGGCUGACACCUUUGAUUUUCCUUGCCCUUCAAGAAAUAUUAAUAAAGCAAUGAAACGAAAGAAACAAAAGUCUAAAGUCUGGCUUCGAGUCUGGAAAGUAAUUUCAAAAAUGCUUGAGGAAAAUGAAAAGUUCAGAAGUCGACUGCUGGCUUGUAGUCAGUGCAAUGGAGAAGGCAGUGACAUGAACCAAAGUUCACAGAAUGAGGCAUCCUACCUGGACAGGGAGGGGUCCAUCUUUGGCUGGGUAUAGCAAGAAAAUAAAAGAAGUUCGAAUUUGA